UGUACCCAUGGCUUCUCCGCAGGUAUGUUACCCUAGUCAAUUUACACUUGGGUCUAACUGUUACAGGGAAUGGACACUGACGGCACUAAUGAAAGAGAAGAAGUAGGAAACCUUCUUGACGUACGCGAGCUCAUCCCCUUGCUUCGAGAAGGGUUUUCAUUUACAUUUUAGCAGACGCCCACAACGAUCGCCGCAAAUACGGAUCAAGGCCAAUUAGGUUCCAUCCCCCAUGAAACCGAGGACUCUGCAAUGGAAGAUGUAGGGAUACACGCAGGACAGAGGAAUGAGGUGGUUCUCCAAAGUCGCGGUGAUAUCCAGGAACCUUCAGGGAUCCCACAUGGCGGAAAUGAAAACGCGUAUCCUUCCCGUCACUCGACGCCUGCCGUAAUUCCAUUUUCUAUCUUGAUGUAAUCUGAUAUCAUGCUAAAUUUAAGUAUCGUUACAGGACGCGCACAACUCGAUGUCGACAGAUGCGGCCUCGCAUAUGGGCGUUUCAGGGGUUGAACGUGCGGAUCGGCAGAACAUUGAUGGGAUCCAGAAUGCGGUCGUAGCAUCGCCACCACCUGGCGAUACGAUAACUCGACUGGUCAAGGAGGAUCUAGUGUUGCCCAGCUAUGACGGAUUUAAUAAUAACAUGCUGAAAAUCUGGCUUGCGCAAGGGAAGAGUGGCCCUUUCGAACAUAAGUUCAAGGUCGAUGUCACCGAGUCGGCCUUUGUGCACUUUGUAAAUUGGAAUCAACGGAAUAAAAAUGCUAGGGAAGUAGAGAAGAGCAAGUGCUUGUCUUUGUGCUGUUACAAGACGACGGACGUGGCAACUCUGAUGAAAAAGGGCGCGAAAGGGCUGGAGCUAAUGAACAGUUUGCAUCUAUCAUGGCCUCAAGCCGGAGGGUUAAAAUUGCUCGUGACAGUCAACGGACAACAAAAAAUGGUUCCUCUCGCUCCGCCUACUGUGACGACGGCUGGGUUACUGGAUCUGACGGUGUUUCUGCAAGUUGGAAGCAAUGAGUUUGUUGUUGUACAAGAGCGGUCCAUGACCGAGUACAUAUUCAUGGUGUAUGUGCAUGAUCCCACGCGAUCCCAGUUGGAGCCGGUGGUUGAAAGACGCAAGAAGGAAGAAGAGUGGAAGAUUGCAUUGGAACAUUUAUCGAGACCCCUCGAGUUGCUUCCUGGCCCGUGGGAUUGAUUUUUUUUGGUAGGACGUUCUUGGAAAUUUCUUGGAGAUGGUCGAUUUUGGCGUAUCCUCUGAGCACUUUUUGGUAAUGUUGUUGUAAAUUUUGUAUUACUAACUUAUUGAGAUGUGUAUACUGUACAAUCAUUUAAAGCGUCGUACGUAACCUUGUAUAAUCUUUGGUGCUUUCUCC